GCCGUGGCGUCGUAAUCUCCGCCAGACCACAGGUUUUUUUAGGGCAAACCACAGAAAUUUCGAGAAGAUUGACACGCCAUCGCGCCCCCACUUAACUUUCUCUCCUACCCGUCUCCGCGAUAAAGAUCCACAACUCUUGCUUCCGCUUCUACUGUCCUGUCCUGUCCUGGUUUUUUGACCCUCCUCUUAGCGCAUCUCCUGCCCCGGAUCUUUCUCUCACAAGAAAUUUUCAGUCUCUUCACAACCAUGUCUUGCUACAAGGGCAAAUACCAUGAUGAGCUCGUUGCCAAUGCUGCCUACAUUGGCUCACCUGGAAAGGGUAUUCUUGCUGCUGAUGAGUCAACUGGCACAAUUGGCAAGCGUUUGUCUAGCAUCAAUGUUGAAAAUGUUGAGUCAAACAGGCGAGCUUUGCGUGAGCUCCUUUUCUGUACUCCUGGUGCCCUUCAAUAUCUAAGUGGAGUGAUUCUCUUCGAGGAAACUCUCUAUCAGAAGACUGCUUCAGGUAAGCCGUUUGUUGAAGUUCUGAAUGAGGGUGGAGUCCUUCCUGGAAUCAAAGUUGACAAGGGAACUGUUGAGCUUCCUGGGACUAAUGGCGAAACAACCACUCAGGGUCUUGACGGCCUUGCCCAACGUUGCCAGGAGUACUACAAGGCUGGGGCUCGUUUUGCCAAAUGGCGUGCUGUGCUUAAGAUUGGCCUUAAUGAGCCAUCGGAACUGGCCAUCCAUGAAAAUGCCAAUGGUUUAGCCCGAUAUGCCAUUAUCUGCCAGCAGAAUGGUCUGGUGCCCAUAGUUGAGCCUGAGAUUCUAGUUGAUGGUCCUCAUGAUAUUGAUCGUUGUGCGGACGUGACAGAGCGUGUUCUUGCUGCUUGCUACAAAGCACUCAAUGACCACCAUGUUCUGCUCGAGGGAACUCUGCUGAAGCCCAACAUGGUGACCCCCGGAUCAGAAGCAAAAAAGGUUGCACCAGAGGUGAUUGCUGAGUACACUGUUCGAGCAUUGCAGCGAACCAUGCCUGCUGCAGUACCUGCUGUGGUAUUUUUGUCUGGUGGGCAGAGCGAGGAGGAAGCUACUCUCAACCUCAAUGCCAUGAACAAACUCCAGGUAAAGAGGCCAUGGAGACUCUCAUUCUCCUUUGGACGUGCACUCCAGCAGAGUACUCUCAAGUCCUGGGCAGGAAAAGAGGAAAAUGUGGGGAAGGCUCGGGCUGCAUUCCUGGCAAGGUGCAAGGCAAACUCAGAGGCAACACUUGGGACUUACAAGGGUGGCGCUGCCCUAAGCGAGGGUGCUUCAGAGAGCCUUCAUGUGAAGGAUUACAAGUACUGAUUUCAAGUUUUGGGUUUCUGUUUGUGUUUUUCGUUUCGAGUGAGUGCGCAUGCAAGGAAGACAGGAAUAUAUCCUAUUCUCGGGAGUAGGGUUGAGGCGUCGGCCUGUUUUCUAUUUAAGUUUUUUGUUUUUGGUCAUCCUUUUUAGUUGGUAAAACGGUAGUUUUGACCAAAUAAGCUCUGAUGGGUGAAUUAUUUUAGCAGCAUUGGCGAAUGGUUUUUUCCCAUCGGAGACGCGCGCUCUUGCUCUUGCUUUCAGUUGAAUUUUAUUUAGAUUCCAAAUAACAGAAAUAUAUGCAUGCCUUGAACUCAUAAAUGUGCGUGCCUAUAUUUAAAAAUUAAUAAUAAAACUCUCUUCUUUUCUUA